AUGGGCAAUUCAAACACCAAAGAGUCUCGUUCGGAACACCACGACGGCUCCUCUGAUCCCCGCGAAUGUGCGAGGUCGCGCAAUCGCAUCAGCAGAGGGGACCUGGGCGGAUUUCUCAGCCUACAGCCCCCCCGGGACCGUGGCCGAGACCGUCACGAUGCUCCAUUCGAGCACCGUGAGACCAGACAAGAGCGCGAGGCUCGCCGGUUAGAAAAGGAGCGUCAGACUAGAGCCAAGGAUCGAGAGCGAAGCAUCCGGGAGGAACAUGUGGAUGGGGGGUAUUUGGUCACAAUGGGAACGUAUACCGGCACCGAGGACUUCAGCAAGCCUGUGGUUCGACAGCUUCAGGUAUGUUUGCUGCCUUUUGCCUCAUCUUUACUCUCUUCCCUCCAUGGACAGCUCAAAAGGCACGAGUCGGGUACUAACCUCCGCAAUCAGAUCGAGAGGAAAUUGGCUCCCUUCUGGCGCGGUCUGAACGACUGGUCUGAAAACUGGACAGAACAUCAACUUGUUGCAGCUGCUCGGGGCCUGCCAAUCCCGGACGCCGACGCGCCUCCCGAUCCCGACCUGAUGCCUCGCCCUUCAUCACCCCAGGCGGAAGCUGCCAACGCUCAGGGCUUGCAGAGCCUUACCGUUCCCAUGGGUCCCAGAACUCUUUCUGCCGCCUCAGAUCGUAGUGGCUCUGGGGCUGGGUCUGGCAUCUCUUCUCCAACGACAGCAGCACCUCCCAAAUCAUCGUCAAUCAAGCCAAGGGCCAAGGCACUCGCGGCAGCCCUCAGCGUGGGCUCUCGCAGUGCUUCAUCCACUGACUUGGCGCCAAAGGAGGUACCUUUACCCCGUGACCCGUUUGUUAAUGGUCAGCCCAUCGAGGUGUACCUGUACAAGGACGCCUCCGAAUGCCCUAUAUGCUUCCUGUCCUACCCUCCCUAUCUGAACCGCACACGAUGCUGCGACCAGCCUAUCUGUAGCGAGUGCUUUGUGCAGAUAAAGCGAGCCGAUCCUCACCUGCCUGAGCGUCAUCCAAACGGCGAGACCAGGGAUCCAAACGAAGGGCCCAAUCCGGAAGACCCGCCGGAGAUGCUCAUAUCAGAACCGUCAGCGUGUCCCUACUGCCAACAGCCUGAAUUCGGCGUGACAUACGAACCUCCGUCCUUUCGAAGGGGCGUAGCCUACUCAACCUACACGAACUUCGCUUCAACCGCAAUGUCCUCGCAGAGCUCUCUCAACUCUACGCUUUCGCCAGCAACUCCUCAGCCUUUCGGGAGGCGGCGGACACAUAGCUUGUCAGCCACCGCUCCCAAUGUCAUCACAACCGACCGAGUCCGGCCAGACUGGGCCACAAAACUGGCCUCUGCUCGUGCUCAUCAGGCACGCCGGGCCGCAGCGGCCACGGCCCUGCACACCGCAGCUUUCUUGGUGGGAGCCCAGGAAAGCAGAUCCAUACUCCGCCCCAGCAGAUUUGGACGAAGGAGUGCCGGGACAGAUACUCCCGUUCACGAUCACACGGCCCGCAAUCCCGGCGAAGCAGAGGCCGAUCCCGACGAGAUGGCGUCCAGUCGGAAUGCUGGCGGUAUUCGCCGGAGUCGAAUGGAUGAGCUUGAAGAUAUGAUGUUCAUGGAGGCUGUUCGACUGUCUCUUGCGACGGAGGAGGAACGAAAACGAAAAGAAGAGAAGGCCCUACGAAAGGAGGCCAAGAAGCGACAGCAGGCCGAGAAGAAGGCUCAGAAGAAGGCGAGCAAGGACCCAUAUGGAGGGAGCAUUAGCGGUGCCAGCAGAAGUAGUCUUUCUCUGGGCCUUGGCCGAAGGCGUGGCAAUAGUGGAGCUAGUGCCUUGAGGGCUGAGGCUACGACGCAGGGAGCGUCGCAAGCUACCAAAGGAGAGGAACCACUGGCUGCUGAAACCGAAACCAUGGGCGGGCUCCCAGGAAAAGGCAAAGCCGUAGACCGUGGAUCGGAGGAUAUUACGGGGGCAGGCAGUUCCGCUGCCGCCUCGCUACCCAUAGCCGCCAGCCGUCCUCAUGGGAGCUCGCAUCUGCGCCAGAUGAGCAACGCCUCCUCGCUUGGAUCAUCUCUCGCGGACACACCCUCUGGAAGCUAUACUGGGCCAGGGUUUAGCGGAGCUGAUGGCACAGGUUCUCGAUCUGAAGGCGAUCGAGACACUGGCAGUGAGCCUAUGUUCAACUUUCGCAGCUUGGCUGAACUAGUCGGGGUGAACAUUGACGAUGGGUCCGCAGAUCGGAGUGAAGGAGAGGCAUCAUCAAACCUUGCCAAGGAUACAACACGUCGCCUCCUGUCACAGGUGCAAGAUGAGAAGGCUGGGUCAGAAGCCGACCAUGCGGAGAAACUCAGCGCUGGACAAGCUGGCGAAGAAGAAAAGAAACCGCAAUCAACGUUGAGCAAUGAGCCGACAGCCGUUGAAACCCUCGGAGCCACCCGUCUGUCCCCAGAGGUCACGAUAACCCCCAAGGGUGAUGAUGUCGACAGCUCAGAAGCCAAGCAACCUGACUAG